AUGAACUACCUCGAUUGUACAAGCACUGAGCCACACGCAGAUAUCGAGUCACGGAUUCUCGUCGCUGAUUCUCGUCGCUCGGCAGACACGGACUUGGAAAUUCUCGGAUCUCAGCUCACAGCAGAAAAGCUGGCCGACCUCGCCGUCAUCCCGGCCAUCUUCGUUGUUCAAACAAUCGUGUCGUACUCGUGUGUCUUCGUUGUCUCACAAUGCUUGCGGCUCAAGAAACGAACGUCCAACUUUGUUGCGGCUAUGGCGGUAAGUGCCAAAGAUGACCUGGACGAAGCUUCAUUUUCCGUUGAGCGCAGUGUUGACAAUCCCGAUUGCUGUAGGUCUUCGUAA